UGCUCUCUAAGCUUGAGAAAGACUACACUUUAAUAUCAAAUAUCACAGUCCUUUAGUUCCUGAAAACCUCCUUAAACUUAAGAAGGCUCACACUUGUUUUUUAGAUUUUUGAAUUUCAAACUUUUCUCUAUUCAUGAUCUUUAUCUAUGUGCAAUGUACGCCGCGGAGCUCAGGGGCCUGAUGCUGGCGCUGCAGAUUGUGCUCGACGCCCAUGCGGCUGGCACCGCUCCCGGCAAAUGCGCCAUCUUCACUGACAACCAAGCUGCCGUCCAAGCGAUACGAAACCCAAAGCACCCAUCCGGCCAGUAUAUCCUUGCUGAGGCCAUACGAGCGCUCGACCGGCUCCGGGCCCUCGGAUGGGAGGUGCAGUUUCACUGGAUUCCAGCACACCUCGGAGUGCCGGGAAACGAAGAAGCAGACAGACUGGCAAAGCGGGCCGCUAACCCUGCCUUAAACACUGAACAACCUGAACCGGGUCAGAUAUGGACGCUGCUGGCAACCACAAAAUCCACCAUCCGUCAGGCGAUGAAGGGCGAAUGGGAACAGGCAAAACAUGGCAGAGAUCUCUUCCGACUCGGGGCUCGACCCGGAAAAGUGAUUCUCGACACACACAUGGGAACACACAGAGCGAUCACGCAGAUGCGAACAGGCAAGAUCAGCCUCCAUGCUUACCUCCACGCCAUUAAUAAGGCCGACACAGACAAAUGCCAGUGCGGGUACGGACCGCAGACCGUAAGACACAUCCUUCUGGAAUGCCGGAACUGGGCAGAAGAACGACAUCGAAUGUGGGCAGGCAAGUCUCCAUGCGUGGACAUCAAACGCAUUCUGUGUAGCUCGUCAAUGGCGGUACAAGCAGCAAAGAUGAUAAUCAGGACAGGACUCCUGGGUCAAUUCCAGGCGGUCCCGCCCACAGUGCUCCAAUAUAAUUAGCAUCCGAGUGUAAAACCAGUAGACAGAAGUUGAGGAGGGUCAGGAAACCCGUCAUCCAGUGUCGCCCGUCAUCCAGUGUCGCCCGUCAUCCAGUGUCGCCCGUCAUCCAGUGUCGCCCCGUCAUCCAGUUCGUUUUGUUUGUUGAUUGAUUGAUUGAUUGAUUGAUUGAUUUAUUCAUAGACUGUCCCAGCCGCCCUCAGGCAGCUAUGCAGCGCACUACUAUACAUACAGCAGUUUCUGCUCUUCUCCUUGGAAAUUCAGCUCUUCUUGCAAGAAGCAUCCUGCUGUGACACAAGUUAUUCUUGCAUGAAUUGCUUUCUUUCCACACUAGAGCUUCCUCUAUUCAUAGUCUUCCUAUCUGUUCUGUAUCUCUGCCUUGUUAGGUCUUUCCUGACCCUUCUCAACUUCUGUCUACUGGUUUUACACUCGGAUGCUAAUUAUAUUGGAGCACUGUGGGCGGGACCGCCUGGAAUUGACCCAGGAUGUCAUGCGCAAAUAUGCUGAGGGGCAAAAAUUUUCAUCGCGCUUCCAAUUUUCCAGGAGAUUGUUAACAUGUGUCUUUACCCAACAAGAAUAUUGACCCCUUUUUCCUAUUUCAUUCUCCGCGUAGUUUCCUUCCUACACGCUUUUAUUUGACAACAAAUGACGGUUAUUCCUAUUUCUUCGGAUCGUGUUAAUACACAAGCGCUUGCUGCUUGGGGCGGGGUAGGAAAGCCAAGCAAAAUUUCAAAAUGUUCAGUGGCGGGGCUUGUGUACUUCGAAGAUAUCUCAAUCAAAUCCUUCACGAUUUUGAUGCCGCUUCAAGUCACAUUCCGCAAAUCGACUGGAAAUUCGUGUCUUAACAGAAACCCUGUCGCAAUAAUUGAUUAAAUAUUUGGAGUGGUGAACCAGGAACUCUAUCAAUUAAUAUAUGACGGUCUAGCGGAAAGAAAAUGUUUGGCUAGAUGAUGUUAGGAUCUUUUUGUGCCAUUUGGAGUUCUCCAAUCAUAUUCUGUGACAGGGAAGAAUUCAGUUGCUUCCACCGUCCUCCGUCAGGAAAGACAAGCCGGCGUAACCGGUUGACUAUAUCAAUACAUGCUACUAUAAAUUUUACAAACGGAAAAGGGUACAGUCUAGCUAUUUGUUCUUUACGUUAGACGAUGGCUGGGGGCGAACUGGCGGAAGUUUUUCCGGCUGAAAAUUAUGUCCACGCGAAUGAACAGGAGCUGCCCAACCAAC